UCCUCUUCUUACUCUUUGAUUUCCUUUUUGGUUUUGCUUCUGCUUGCUAUUCAAUCUGCUUUUUCUUCAAUGGGUCGUAGCUAUUUUGAAGCCUGGUUCUUUGGAGGUUAUCUUAUUUAAUAAUUGCGUAUUGCUAAUAAGAUAGGAAACUAUUUCACUCACAAGCAGCUCCGACUUGCUACUCGAACAAGGUUAAAGGUUCUUUUACCCGUUGUAUGGCUUCCUCAACGGUUGGAGCACAACCAUCAUUCUCAACACUAGCAAUAUCAACCAAUGAACCUGUUGUUUCGGUUGAAUGGCUCCAUGCACACCUUAAGGACCCCGAUUUAAAGGUGUUAGAUGCAUCUUGGUACAUGCCAGAUGAGCAGAGAAAUCCAAUCCAGGAGUAUCAGGUCGGGCACAUUCCUGGAGCACUAUUCUUUGAUAUAGAUGGAAUAUCUGAUCGAACUACAAAUUUGCCGCAUAUGUUGCCAUCCGAAGAAGCAUUUGCAGCUGCUGUGUCUGCUCUUGGUAUCACAAACAAAGAUGGGGUCGUCGUAUACGAUGGCAAGGGCAUUUUCAGUGCUGCCCGUGUUUGGUGGAUGUUUCGAGCUUUUGGACAUGACAAAGUUUGGGUUUUGGAUGGUGGCUUGCCAAGAUGGCAUGCUUCAGGUUAUGAUGUCGAAUUAAGUGCAUCUAAUGAUGCAAUUCUGAAAGCUAGCGCUGCCAGCGAGGCAAUUGAGAAAGUAUACCAAGGACAGAUGGUUGGACCUACUAUCUUUCAGACCAAGUUUCAGCCUCAUCUUGUCUGGACUUUCGAUCAGGUUAAAAGGAACAUUCAAGACAAGACAUAUCAGCAUAUAGAUGCUCGAUCCAAAGCUAGGUUUGAUGGUGUUGCACCAGAGCCUCGCAAAGGAAUUAGUAGUGGACAUAUACCGGGGAGCAAGUGUAUUCCUUUUCCACAGAUGCUGGAUGGUUCACAGACACUCUUAUCCCGUGAAGAGCUCGAGAAAAAAUUUGAUCAAGAAGGUAUCUCUUUGGACAAGCCUGUAGUUAUUUCUUGUGGCACUGGUGUAACUGCUUGCAUACUUGGCUUGGGCCUCCAUCGACUAGGGAGGACUGAUAUACCAGUCUAUGAUGGUUCAUGGACAGAAUGGGCAAUGCAUCCAGAUACACCUGUCUGCACAUCUGAAACAUGAAGACGUUUGUAAAGUCGGCUUUGUUUUUAUUGGUGAACAAUGAUGAAUGUGAAUCUAGAUCUGUUUUCUUAAUUCUUACUUUAACAACUUCAUUGUAUUGUUGAAUGAUAAAAUGGAUAAGGGUCAAAAAUAUUCCGCUACGGUACGAAAUGUCUUAAUUUUAUCUUCUGUUA